AUGCGGAAGUCAGUAAAGACGGAAAGAGAAAGUUCAUUACUAAAGAACAAGAACCAGAACAGUAUUGGCAAACAGCAGGGAAAGGGACGGGGAGAAUCCGAUGAUGACGCCUCUACCAUACAUUAUCAUAUUCGGCAUGUCGACUCCAUUUGUCAUCUGGCUAUUGGGUUUCUUAAUGGUUGGAUCAAGGUGCCCAUCCGAUGA